CCCAUUUCUCUCCGUCCAUAUCUGACUAAUCAUGUACUUCCGUUGUAACUUCUGAGUCCUUUAUAAAUAUGAUUGAUGCCUGAGAUUUUGGAAAUACCACAUCCUCAACUAUCUAGUACUUUGUCAUAAUAUAUCCUCAACACACCCUUCUUCUACCACCACCUAAAGCAAAAAUGGUUGAAAUAGCAAGAGCUAAUGGCAAUCAUGAAGUCACCAUAAACGUAAAAGAUGGUGAUCAAUCUUUGCCUCAAACUUCAUCAAAUAAUACCUCUUCCUCAAACUCCAUGGAAAACCCUCUUUCUUGCUUAAGUGUCCCUUUCCUCCAGAAGAUGAUAGCAGAGGUGUUAGGGACAUACUUCUUGAUAUUUGCAGGGUGUGCAGCAGUGACAGUAAAUUUAGACGGUGACAAAGUGAUAACUUUGCCAGGAAUUGCAAUUGUUUGGGGUUUGGCAGUUAUGGUGAUGGUUUAUUCUGUAGGACACAUUUCUGGCGCCCAUUUUAAUCCUGCUGUUACCAUUGCCUUUGCUGUUUGCCGCAGAUUUCCAUGGAAACAGGUGCCAGCUUAUGUAGUAUGUCAAGUAGUGGGAUCUACACUCGCAAGCGGAACACUGCGGCUGAUAUUUAACGGCCACCAAACUCAAUUUGCGGGAACUUCUCCAGCAGGAUCAAGUCUACAAUCGUUAGUCAUCGAAUUCAUUAUCACUUUCUACCUCAUGUUUGUAAUCUCCGGCGUCGCCACUGAUACUCGAGCGAUUGGAGAGCUUGCAGGUCUUGCCGUUGGUUCCACAGUCUUGCUUAACGUCAUGUUUGCUGGGCCCAUAUCAGGAGCUUCAAUGAAUCCAGCAAGAAGCCUAGGCCCAGCAAUCGUAUCACACCAUUAUGAGGGUAUAUGGAUAUACUUGGUAGGCCCAACUGUUGGUGCUGUUGCAGGUGCAAUGGUGUACAAUCUUAUAAGGUUUACAGAUAAACCAUUACGUGAAAUUACUAAGACCGGAUCCUUCCUCAAGUCAAAAGGUUCAUCUGUAAGUCGCAACGGUUCUUCAUAUCGCUAAAUUAACUCUCUAUAGAAUAUAACGAAGAAAUAACUUGUUAAGGGCUAUCUUUGAUCUUUUUAGGAAUCCUUUUAGCCUUGAGCGUAUGUCAACUACUAAUUUUUCCAGCUUUAUGUAAGUGAAGUGGAUGAUAUAUAAUGUAAUGCCAUGUAUGUUUGUGGUUUUUUUUAUAAUUAUAUUUGAUAGAUUUAUUAGAUUAGUAUCUAUUCUGUACGACGUGUUGGAAACUCAAAUAAUGGCAUCAAGUUAUUAAUAGCCACGUAUAUAUUAUCAAUAACUUUAAUUCA